UUCGUAUUAGUGACACAAUUGCCUGAACAGAUAAACAAAUUGAACAUGCAUUUUUUUACUUUUUAUAAUUGGUUCGUCAAAAAGUGACGCAGCAGCCAUAGUAAUUGUUGCUUAUCCCCCUAAUGAAAGCAAAUGGGUAAAAAACCAUUGCAAACACAGAGGUGAUUAAAAUGGAUACGCUUUUAAUCAACCAAAAAUAUAGCAGAACAAUAAGUUCUGCGUUGUAUUUCAAACUCUCAUAAUUGUCAGAUUGCAGAAAAUUGCAACUGAUUUACAAAAGCGUGUUAAGGAAACAGAAAAAAAGUCGGCGUCGCAGAAAUCACCAUGACGGAUCCUUUUGAGUCGCCGACGAAGAGCAGGAAGGUGUUAGUUCCGGUAGACGGGAGUCCGGACAGUGAGAGAGCGUUCACGUGGUACGUUGCCAAUAUGAAGCAGGACUCGGACAUAGUGCGGGUGUUCCACAUACCCGAACCAAUCUCCCUCCCUCUCUUCACCCUCAGCGAAGGCGUGAACACUCCAUUUAAGAAGUGGGAAAAUAAGUUGCAGGAUAAGCUGAAGAAAGUGACCGAAUUGGAAGCUCACUACAACUACAAACUAAUCAGCUGCAAACUAGCUUCAAAUGGAUCAGUACUCAUCUCACAGAAUGAGGUGACAGGGAAGGAAAACAUGGCCACUGAGAUUUGCCAGGAGGCGGACAAGUUCGAGGCGGACAUGAUAGUGAUGGCCAGUACAGGGUGGGGAGGGGUGAAGAACAAGUUGCUCAAGGGGGGCGGUGUAGCUAACUUCGUAGUUCAGAUGGCACUACUGCCAGUGAUGCUGGUACCCACUGCCAAAAAUGAGGCCAGGAUGCAGGAACGAAGAGCCAGCAUCAGACGAGACAGCAAUUGUUCUACUUAGACACCAAAAAAACUGAAAACCAAGAAAAAAUAACCAUAAAUAAGAAUGGAUGUCAAGAAAAGAUAAUUAUUUAAGAUGUACACUCAUUGAAGAAAUGAUAAAAGACUUAGAGACUUAAGAACAAUUAAAUAAAGCUUACUGAUAAAAACAGAAUUACGGUUUAAUUUGGAAAUGUUUUUGUAGAUUGAUAGCUAUGAAUAUUUGUAACCAAGUUAGCAUCCUAACUUAAUAGUGUUUGUUGUUUAUUAGUAAAUUGAUGGUUUUUUUCUGUA